AUGACGGUACAGCAACAGCCGAACAGUCACGGCGGUGACGCGUUGCAACCACCGCAGGGUCAACCGCAUCGUUAUCAUCUGCAUCAUGAUCCUGCGUACAACAUCACCACAGCCGAGGCGGAUCUUGAUUACACCAGUGACAACAGUGUAGCGGUACUGCAGCAGCAGCAACACCAUCCAUCAGCGGGUCAUCAUCAUCUCGCUCACCAUCAUCAACAGCACCAGCAGCAACACCAUCACCACUACAUGCCAUCGAGCUCCAGUUCCUGUGAUAAUACCAAACAACCGACCCGUCUCGGCGGCAACUCCAGUGCCGGCGGGUCCUGCGACGAGAAUACUUCCAGCGUUUUGGACGUAAAUAUGGACUCGAAGAAGAUUUCACUUGCUCACAAUGGCUCAAGACUGAACUCGCCGGUUCGCUUCGGUGACGAGCGGAAGUAUGCGAACAAUCACAACCAUCAUGCGCACCAUCAUCAUCACCAUCAUCACCAUGGGCACGGUGGCCAUCACAGUCAUCACAUCGAGGUGUACAGUGACGGUACGGCCGGCAUGGACAUCAGCAAGCUGGAGGAGGAAAUAUCGGAAGAUGACCGGGGGCCACCGUUACCGCCACGGCCCGCACCGAGAACCCGCACCGCGCAACGCAUGGAAACGGCUUCCUCAACAUCCGGCGUACGGAAGUACGUCAUCUGGUGUCUGAUAUGUGGCGGCAUCUCCAGUCUGCUCGGCAUACUCUUUCUGGGCAUUUACUUCCUGCUUCGUUCGUACACCAGCACUGUGGGUUACUUCGAAACUGUGCCAACGUUCGUGCCUGCUACCCUGCUCAUGUUAACGGGCAUCUGUAUAAUGAGCCUAGCGAGGCGACGUAACCGGUACAGCUACCUGAUCAAAUUGUCCGGAGCGUGUGGACUAGCGUCGGCACUUACCUGCGCUUUGGUGACAGUGACAACGACCGUCCUGCAUAUGAGCCGCCUGCAGGUACUGCGUGAGUGUGAGUACACUCAGAAAACACGUACCUGUACCUGCUAUUCCGUGACCGCAGACAAGCAGACGGAAACCGGCGUGGACGACAGUGUGCGGUUCGUGUUCGACUCUACGUCGGACUGUGGUGUCGUGCACGGUGCACUGUACUCGUGUCUGCGUGCCGUGUUUGGUCUCUCCGUGGCUGGGGUGCUAGUGGCCGUGUUUAGCUGUAUGCUCGUGUAUCAGCUGUUGAGCCACGAGCGUAAAAAGAUGUACUGGGAGCAGCUGGAGUUGCGGUGCCGUUCGCUUUAUUCGGGUCAGCAGGGUCCGUCAGCGGUGUUGCCUUCCGGACCGGGAAUGCUUGGUAGUGGGUCCAGCGGUGGGUUAGGCGGUGCCGGACGCGCUGGCAAUUGUCGGUGCUGCGAGCAGUGCCAUGCACAUCGCAACGUGCUACCCUCGGCAUACCCGUGGGAAGGAGACAAUCGUUUCUGGACGCCGGGACAGGCCGGUAACUUCUACUCGCCCAAUCCGGGCGGUGAGGAACCGGGUACUGGUGCUCGGUUGAACGCGAGCGGAAGACGCAUGCCGGGAUGGAGCUGGCCACGAAUGCCCUGGCAGCGAAGUGAUGCAUCGCAGCGCUUGUCACCGCACAGUCCCGAUUCGCAGUACGGGUUCUCGAAUCGGGCCGGCGUGGCACCGAUGGUACCGGGUGCGGGUACGCUGCUGGGUGAUCCCGUACAACCGCGCUACAAUGUGAUCGACCAGCAGUACGGUAUCUGGGGACCACCGCCACCGUACAGUGAUCCGAACAGUCCGGCCCGGCGUGGACGCUAUCAGUACAUACAUCCGGCACAGUGCGGUCCACCGUUGAUCGAUCCGAGCGGUAUGUCCGCCCCAGGUUCGUCCAUGGUUGGCCCGUCAAAUGCGGGCGGAGCCGGUAUUGCGAUUUUGGAGUGCCAUCAACACUCGGUGAUGGGUGUGGACGUGCACGGUAUACCACAGCAGUACGUCAGCGGUCAAACGACGAUGUCGAACGGUUCGGGACAGCAGGCUCUACCCUCCAACUAUGGUCGCGGUGGCAUGGGCAAUGGCAUCGUUGGCGGAGCAUCGUCCGGAGUUUCCAACGUUAGUGGCAAUGGCUCCAAAACUAGACAGCAAACUGGAGGCUACAAGCAGCCUCAGACGAAAGAAAACUACGAGAACACACCGUCGGACAGUGACGGUCCCGGGCGGGAUCGGUUUUCCAAUACGCUACCGUUGCGCAAAGCAAAGAAACGUGUGGAAGCGGGUGCAAAAAGCAUUGGGCCAGCAAACAACAGCCAACCAACGAGUGGCAGGGUGAAUGUACAAAACGUGUUCGGCUCCAGUCAGGGUGCGCCCGGUUCGCACGAAACCUCCGAGAACGAGUACAACGAACCGAUCUUACCGUCUCCCAAUGGUGGUUCGGAUGAGUGUUCCGGGCGGGUAGGAUCGCCGCACGGUUUGCAAGUAAUGCCAGCCGGGCUGGUUCCCCACCCGCCGAGAAACCGCCGACAGAAGCUGCCCAGCGCGGUCGGUAUUGAAAACAGUGGCUUCCAGACGGUGGAGGCACUCGAGGCGGAGGCAGCAUCAGCGGUCACGGGUAAGUUGCUGGAACCGACAGAGUCCGAGGUGUACUUUGCAGACGUGAGCAGCUGCUGCAAUAUGUCCGUGAAGAAUGACAACUACUACGAGGACGCCAACCAAAGACGCAAAAAGGAGAAACAGCUGCAACAGGACCCCGCGGACGAAUACAUUGCACAACGGUUUGGCAAGCGCGAAACAUCGAUCCGUAGCCGGCAGCCGUUCCCGCAGACGGUACUCGGGCUGGGUGACAAGCCGCAGGUAAUGCCCCGAUCCUCACUGCUGCCAAAGGAUCACUCCCGCCAGAGCAUGUGUUCGAUGGAUUCGGGCGAACGGACGGACUAUACCGAUCUGUCACCGGCCACUCCCAGUACAAACUUCCCGUCGAUCGGUGCGCCCGCUAUCGGUAGCGGGAAGCAUCAACAGUCACAGCAAACCUCACCGAACGAUGCCAACCACAUCCGUCCGGAACACGAUGGGCCGACGAACGGUUGCAACUUCAUCGCCUCGUACCCGUACUCCUCGAACGAACAGAGCCAGGAGGCACACCGGCGCUCGACCAAAAACCUGCACGACAUCUUCCUGGCACCCGACUCGCAGUACGAGGUAAUGAAGGAAUUGCAUAGAUUUAAGUCGACACCACUAACGCUAACCCCCUUCGAACCACCUGACGGUGGCCGAUCAUCAUCGUCAUGCCAGGACAUGCCGGGUUCGUUUCCGCCAUCGGUAGCAGCGGCGACGGUGGCAUCCACGGGUACCGAUCGGACCGAUCGUGCGGCGGCGGGACAAUCGACAAAACCAAAAUCACCGAAGAAUCUCAACAUCACGCCAAUCAAACGCCAAAGCCUUGGCACGAACAUUAGCUCGAUCAUCCAGAACUUGAGCGGCAGUGACGUUGGGCUGCUGUAUCCAGAGGGUCGCAAUCACGGUCCGCCGUACCACCAAAGUGUCCUCGGAGCGGAGGUUUCGUCGCCUGCUGCGACGCACGCAGAUACAUCGGGCGCCUCGGUUGGCAGUCGUCGACUGCCCGUCCCAGAGGUGAACGACAGUGUCAGCAGCAAUGAGGACAACGAGGACCACCCGGUUGAUGGUGAGCGGAGACGGAGUGCUGGUGAUCGCCGAUUGUGA